AUGGUGACUAUUUGUGGUCAAGAGGUGAUUGGCGCGAGCGUCGUCAUUGAAAUCCUGGGACCUUCAAAGCUAGCUGUUGUCACCGUCACCAAAGCCGACAAAACGGUGGCCAAUAAGAGCGACGACAGCAAUCUACGUGGUGGCGGUGACUGCGACGUUGUGUUGAAUCACGACGUUGUGGCGCAUAGCUUGGCGACGAGAGAGUGGCUAAAUUGUUUGCCAGCCGUACCGAAGCGUGUCUGCUGGACGGCACAGCAGGAAUCAGCCAGCUCCUCAGCCCCCCCUGCCAUGGCUUUCAUGGCUUUCAGACCCGCGUUUGUCUUUGCCACCCUUGUGGUCUUCUUGUCCGUCGUACAGCAUCUCGUGGCGCAAGACUCGAUGCCCAAUUUUGGCGGCGAUGGAGGAGGCAGCUUUGCGGACAACAGCUUUCCCGGACUUUUUCCUCCAGUCGGUGGCGGCUCGCAGAGGAUCGAACAACAGCAGAACCGCUACUUGUUAAGACGCAAAAACCUCUAUCCGUACGGUCCCGGAACGAAAGAUGUCCUACUUCAAGACAGAGAGUCGCAGACCGGUCGCAUGGUGGACAUGCUUACCUAUUUCCCCUUUUACGGCGGCCGUUAUAACUAUUCAAUCAUUGCGAUUCAUGGCUACGUAGCUUUCGGAAACGUGAUGGAUAAUGGCAUCGACCUGCUGAUUGGCGAAAACGUGCUGAACUGGCCGCAGUUCCCUGAUCCCCCAAUCAUAUCCGUGUACGGCUGUCUGCAGAAACCAAUUAUCAACGCCGCCCGGGAUCGCAAGGGCGUCCACUACCGACUCGUGUUUCGACGCGAGGUGUUUUCACAACUGCCUCUUGUUCAGAAGACCCAGUUUUCAAAACGGACAACUCUGAACUACUUGGAUGACCAGGGCGAUGAGUUCCUGGACAUGGUGUGGCGUGAUUUGAAAGAUGGCAUGGUUGGCGCUGGUAGCUUCAGACCAGAUGCUGCAUUGGUGGUGACGUGGGAAAACGUAACUUUCUACCAGGCCUCAGAGGAAGACGAAAUGAACGGAAAGGUACAUUCUCUGCCACUACGGAAAUAUUCCUGAUU